AUGCCUUCCACGCGCGUCGUUGUCGAGAGCCAGGGCGGAGCCCCGCGCCACAGAGCCUCAAACUCCAAGGGCUUCAUUGCGUCGACCUACCAAACGUUCACGUCGGAAGAGAAUGCCUCUGUUGUCCGGAGCGUCGCCUUCUUCGGGGUUGCUAUCGCCUUCCUCGCGAGCUCGUGGUCCGAACUUCUUGUGUCAGUAUCCCCUCUACUCGACUGCCAGCGCCAGCCGGGUCAGCGCGCUAAUGGCCAGCAGACAAUAAAUGAGCAAUCACCUUGA